GGGCUUCUCUGAUGAACUGCCACAACAGCCUUUCUUUCUUUAAUGUCUUAAUCAGAUGCUCUGUUUCUCACACCAUGACGUGUAACACACAAUGAUCGAACCUGCAAGCUGAGGGAGGCUUGAAUGAAAGUUAGAUUUCUUUUCCCUUCACAAGCGGAUUCAUUCGGUCAGUGAAGAGGCCUGGCUAUCAGAAGGGGCAGUAAUUUCCUCUUGAACGUUGAUUCACCUGAGGAGAACUUUUAUCCUCGUCUUUCAACAAACUUUUUCUGAGCGUCCAUGAUGUUUUCUUGUUGAACAGUUUGAAACUGUCCCAAAAUGACUGGCCGCGCACGAGCAAGAUCAAGAGGCCGGGCACGCGGUCAAGAGACUGCGGCGCCAGGAGCGAGCAAGGCUGUAGAAUCCACUCCAGCACCUGCUGCAGAACUGGUUGGCAGAGGGAGGCAGAAAGGUGCUCCGGGACCGUUCUCUACAGAAACUCUUCUGCAGAUAUCAGCUGGAUUUCAGCAGGUGAAGCUGGGAGAGAGAGGUGGACGUCGACGGGAUUUUCAUGAUGCAGGCAUUAACACCAGACAAGCUAUGGAACAUGUUAAGGAAUCAAAGUCUGGCUCAAGUGGACAUGCCAUUCAGUUGACAGCCAACUUCUUUCGCAUCAUAUCCCGCCCUCAGUGGGUUCUGUAUCAGUACCACGUGGACUUCAACCCACCAAUGGAGUCUCGUCGUCUGAGAUCUGCCCUCCUGUACCACCAUGAGGAAACACUAGGCUCAGCGAGGAGCUUUGAUGGAGCUCUGCUUUUUCUGCCCCACAGAUUGCACAAAAAGGAGACUGUGCUGCACAGUGUAACAAAUAAUAUGGAGAAGGUUCAGAUCACUAUCGUGCUGACAAAUGAACUGCCACCCACAUCACCUGUGUGUAUUCAGUUUUACAACAUCCUAUUCAGAAGGAUCUUGAGAAUUCUCGACAUGCAGCAGAUUGGACGCAACUACUAUAACCCUAAAGAUGCACUCAACAUCCCACAGCACAGGCUGACAAUCUGGCCCGGCUACACAACCACCAUCUUGGAGUAUGAGUCAGCGAUUAUGAUGUGUACUGACGUGAGCCACAAAGUGCUUCGUAGUGAGACAGUCCUUGACUUCAUGGUCAACCUGAGGCAAAAGUGUGGAGAUCAUCGCUUCCCUGAGAUCUGCACGAAGGAGCUUGUUGGACUCAUAGUACUCACCAAGUACAACAACAAAACCUACAGGGUUGACGACAUUGCAUGGGAUCAGACUCCCAACAACACAUUCACAAAGGGAGACAAAGAAACCACCUUCAUGAAGUACUACAAGGACCAAUAUAACCUGGAAAUCACUGAUAGGAACCAGGUGCUGCUGGCCAGCGAUGUGAAGAGAAUUGUUCCUGCUGGAGCGCCGCCUCCUGGUCGGAUCAUGCUCAUCCCAGAGCUGUGCUACCUUACAGGGCUGACUGAGAAGAUGCGAUCUGACUUCGUCAUAAUGAAGGACUUGGGUGGGCACACCAGACUGAACCCAGAUCAGAGACAGGGACGCCUCAACAGAUUUGUCUCUAACAUACAGAAGAACCCGGAUGCACAGGCAGAGCUGGAUAAGUGGGGACUCAGCUUCGAUAAGGAACUCCUAAGACUGACUGGCAGAGUCCUCCCAGUAGAGAGGAUUUUCCAGGGAUCAAGAUCGUAUGUCCCUCCAGCUGCUGAUUGGGCCAGAGAGAUGCGUGGGAUACCUCUGAUCAACGCCCCUCCACUGAACAACUGGCUCAUUUUAUACACCCGUCGCAAUGGUAACGAGGCCCAGUCCCUCCUGCAGACCCUCAGCAAAGUGUCAGGUCCACUCGGAAUUCGCAUACAGAGACCUGUCAUGAUUGAGUACCAGGAUCACCAGGAGUCUCUCCUCAGAGCCCUGCAGCAGAAUGUUGAUCAACAUACACAGAUGGUGGUGGUGAUCCUCCCCAGCAACAGGAAGGACAAGUACGACACCGUCAAGAAGUUCCUUUGUGUGGACUGCCCUGUCCCCAGCCAGUGCGUGGUGUUCCGCACCAUCAGCAAACAUCAAACACUCAUGACUGUGGCGACCAAAAUUGCCCUGCAGCUGGCUUGCAAGAUGGGAGGAGAGCUGUGGAGCGUGGAAAUCCCUCUCAAACAGCUGAUGAUUGUGGGCAUUGACUGUUACCAUGACACUAUUGGUGGGAAAAGGUCCAUUGGAGCUCUAGUGGCCAGCCUCAACCAGAGCAUGAGCAGGUGGUUCUCAAAGUGUGUGCUGCAGCACAAAGGCCAGGAAAUCAUGGACGGACUGAAGAUGGCCUUGAGUGGUGCACUGAAAGACUACCUGAAGUUCAACAACUGCCUCCCCUCACGCAUCAUUGUGUACAGAGAUGGAGUGGGAGACGGCCAGCUGGAGACCGUGGUCAACUACGAGGUCUCCCAGAUCAUUGACUGCAUCAAGUCCAUGGGGCACGACUACUCGCCCAAGCUGAGUGUGGUGGUGGUGAAGAAGCGCAUCAGCUGCAGGUUCUUCGCCCAGUUCGAUGGCAAAGUGAACAACCCUCCCCCCGGAACCGUCAUCGACACAGAUGUCACCCGUCCUGAGUGGUACGACUUCUUCAUCGUGAGCCAGUAUGUUCGCACAGGAAGCGUCUCUCCAACCCACUACAAUGUCGUGUACGACACCAGCGGACUGAAGCCUGAUCACAUGCAGCGGCUCACCUACAAGCUGUGCCACAUGUACUACAACUGGCAGGGAAUCAUCCAAGUGCCCGCUCCCUGCCAGUACGCACACAAGCUGGCUUUCCUUGUGGGACAGAGCAUCCACCGGGAGCCCAACAUGCACCUGGACGACCUCCUCUUCUACCUGUGACGACACAAAGAGGAGCAACGUGUUCGACUCUGAGGUUUCCUCGGGAAGAACAUCACUAAUGACAAGUUUGGUUCCAAAAGUUCUCUUCAGGUGAAAAUAUUCCAAGUUCAGUUUUGAAGAUGCCGAGUUCUGAGUUCUGUGUAUCUGGUUUGUAUCACACUCAGGUCUCAGGUCUGAUGUAAUAACAAAGGUGAAAAGUCUGAACAUCUAAAAUACUCGUGAGCUUCCCCUGUUCAGAAUGAAGUGACACAAGACAAAAUGAAUCCAGGCUGUUUGUGAUACACGAAACAUUUGGAAGAUUCUCUACAGUUUGAUGUGAACUUUUGUCUUUUGAGUAAAAAGAAAUAGCAUUUGUUAGGAAGAACCUAGAAUCUUUAUUUGUGUUGUAUUGUUAAUGUUGGCCUCAGAUAAUUUAAAUGUUCAUAAAAAUAUUAUUUAAGAGUAAAAACCUGCUGGAGUUGUAACAGAAUCUAGGCCCUAAAACUCAUUUCUGUUGCUGCUGGUUCUAAUAAACGUUUGUGUGUUA